AUGGAUCGAUAUUUUAAGAAACUUUCCCCUAGUGUUGCUGCUUCAUCUUCGUCAGUUAAUGGACCUACACUUCUUCAACCUCAAGAGUCAUUGAAUGAAGAUAAACUUGAAGCUGAUCCAGAAAAUAUUCCAAGUGAUCCAGGGAAACGACCUGAUAUAAUGAGAUAUCCGUCAAACUCAAUAGAACGGGUGCGUAGAGCUUACUUACUUAAAGGUCCAUGUCAACCGCGCGAACAUGAUUUUCCUCCAAGAACUGAUGGAAAGCGACAACGUAAAUUUGUCGCGCAUUGGUUUGAUGAAUUCAAAGAUUGGUUGGAGUAUAGUAUUACAAAGGAUGCAGCAUAUUGUUUAUAUUGUUAUCUCUUCUCUAGACUCCAUGGAAAUGGACAGGACGCUUUUGUAUCUGGAGGAUUUACAGCCUGGCGCAAGAAAGAAAGUGAAGAGAUAGAUAAUGUUGUACUGAAAAAUGCUCCUGCAAACCUCAAACUGACAUCAUCGGAUAUUCAGAAAGACAUCAUUAAUGCAGCUUCUGUUGAGACAACAAAACUUAUUGUAGAUGGUAUAGGAGACAACUCUUUCUCCAUAUUAGUCGAUGAGUGCCGAGAUGUGUCCGUCAAAGAACAAAUGGGUGUUGCGGUACGAUAUGUGGAUAAGAAUGGAUGUCUCAAUGAACGUCUUCUUGGUAUCGUGCAUGUCAGUGAUACGGUUGCAACUACACUUGAGAAGGCACUUGAUUCUUUGUUAUCGACUCAUGGUUUAAGUGUAUCAAGUUUGAGAGGUCAAGGAUAUGAUGGUGCAAGCAACAUGAGAGGAGAAUUCAAUGGGUUGAAAAGUUUGAUUCUUAAGAGAAAUCCUAGUGCUUAUUAUGUGCAUUGUUUUGCACAUCAGCUUCAACUCACAAUUGUUGCUGUUGCUAAAAAACAUACAAGUAUUGGGUCUUUUUUUAAUUCUGUCACCCGUUUGUGUAAUAUUGUUGGAAGUUCAUGUAAGCGCAGAGAUGUGCUACGAGAGAGUCAAAGAGCGAAGGUUGUUGAAGGGAUUGCAAGUGAUGAAAUUAAUACCGGAAGAGGAUUAAAUCAAGAGAAGUCAUUGACACGACCCGGAGAUACUCAUUGGAGUUCGCAUUAUGGUACUCUCAUCAACUUGAUGCAUUUAUUUUCUUCUAUUAAUGAUGUCCUUGAGUAUGUUGGGGAGAAUGGUUAUGAGGAUGCACAUAGGGCUGAAGCUUUGGAUGUGCAAGAAAUUCUAAAUCAUUUUGAGUUUAUCUUUGUGUUGCAUCUUAUGAGGAAACUCUUGGGAAUUACACAUGAUCUCUCUCAAGUUCUACAAAAGAAGGAUCAAGACAUUGUUAAUGCUAUGAAUCUUGUCAAAGUAGCAAAAACACAUUUACAAGUAAUGAGGGAAAAAGGUUGA